AUGAGUGCAGAUAAAACCGUAUUAUGUACAGUUCCUGCUGGAAUUAAAGGAAUAUAUUAUGUUCCAAAUACUACAGUAACCAUUAGAUCUAAAGCAUUUACAUAUUCUAGAAUUUCUCAAAUAAUUAUUCCAGAUUCAGUUAAAGAUAUUGGAUCACAAACAUUUUGGCAAUGCAAUAGUUUAUCAUAUGCGUUUAUUUCUAAAGGAGUAACAAAUUUGAAUAUUAAUGCAUUUCAAGAUUGUCCAAGGCUUACAACCAUCCAUUUAGGAAUGCAGACAAUACCAAAAAUGAACUUACCAGUAGUUUAA